AUGGUAGACGGAGAUCCAGGGUCACCCACCUGGAAGUUCACACAAUGUUUUGGAGAUAAGGGCGAUGUAGAAGAUAUCACAGAAGCGGAUAUCAUUUCGACAGUUGAGUUCGACCACACAGGGAACUACUUGGCUACAGGAGAUAAGGGCGGCCGAGUAGUGUUGUUCGAGAGGAAUGAAACGAAAAAAACAUGUGAAUACAAGUUCCACACCGAAUUUCAAUCUCACGAGCCCGAGUUCGACUACCUCAAAUCCCUGGAGAUCGAAGAGAAGAUCAACAAGAUCAAGUGGUGCAAACGACAGAAUGCGUCUCAUUUCCUUUUAUCCACGAACGAUAAAACGAUAAAGCUAUGGAAAGUUUUUGACAAGUCCUUGAAGGUCGUCGCCGAAAAUAAUUUGUCGCAUGAUCUCACGCCGGCUGGCGUGCUGGGUGGUGGCGCCGCUCGGCCUCCACACAUCUCGUUCAAAGAUGCAUCUGCGUUGAAGCUGCCGCGAAUGACACACCACGACACUGUUGUCGCCGCCGUGCCGCGAAGGACAUAUGCCAAUGCACACGCCUAUCAUAUAAACAGUAUUUCAGUGAACAGUGAUGGCGAGACUUUUAUCAGCAGUGACGAUCUUCGAAUCAAUCUAUGGAACCUCAAUAUUCAAGAUCAGAGCUUCAACAUUGUGGAUAUCAAGCCAGCCAACAUGGAGGAGUUGACCGAAGUUAUAACGGCCUCGGAAUUCCACCCCACCAGCUGCAAUUUUUUCAUUCGAGCAGAGUUCGAGCAAGAGGAAGACGCCUCGUCACGAUCGUUUUUCUCCGAAAUCAUUUCCUCCAUUUCAGACGUGCGAUUUUCCAACGACGGCCGCUACAUCCUCUCUCGCGACUAUCUAACGGUGAAAAUCUGGGACGUUAAUAUGGAACGCCAGCCCGUCAAGACAAUCCCCAUCCACGAACACCUCCGACCGCGGCUCUGCGACACAUAUGAGAACGAUAGCAUAUUCGAUAAAUUUGAAGUGGUGUUCUCUGGCGACGCGGAGAAUGUGAUGACGGGCAGUUACAACAACAAUUUCAUGAUCUACCCCACCGAUCCAAACAAGGAGACAGAGGUCGUGCUGCAGGCGGACAAAUCAGCUUUCAAAGCGAAGAAGGUUGGCGUGCCUACGCCUAUUAAUAAGAACGGGAAGAAGAACGGAUCGAGAGCCAACAGCCCAGCUGGAGCGGGAUCCCGCAUGAGGAAGGAGACAGACGCAGAUCAGAUUGAUUUUAAUAAGAAGAUUCUUCACAUGAGCUGGCAUCCGUUCGAGGACAGCAUUGCCAUUGCUGCCACGAACAACCUAUUUGUUUUCUCGGCAUUCAUGAAUCCCUCUGGGAACGACGGUUGGCACUCUUCAGCACCAGGAGGAGGUGGCCCUCCCUCACAUACAAAUAUGGAACAGUCUCGUGCUCUAGGCUCUUAUGGGCAAAAUCCUUCCCAGCAAAAUCCCUCUACACAACAAGCUGGCCCUGUCCUACCUCCCCCAGCCGGACCUUACCACCCCGUUAAUCAGCCGCCUGGACAUUCGCUACCUGGCCUCGCAGAUCUAGCACAGGGCCCUGGUGGGCCACAUCAGCCGCCUCCAUACGGACAACAUACUCAACCUGCUCAUGGUGGAGGGCAUUCUUUGCCGGGCAUCGGUCAGGCAAUGCAGCACCCUUCCCCCCAACUCAAUCGCGAUCGCGAGCGAGAUUCCAGAGAGCGCGAAAUGCUCGAAAGGCAGCGACACGAGGGUAUGGUAGUACAUCGAGAGCGCGAGCAACGUGAACGAGAAAGGGAACAUCUGGAGCGUCAACAGCGCGAACAACACACCGUGCAGAGCCACACCGGUGCAAUCCCCAUCCAUCAGCCAGUAGCUUCCAAGGUGCCAAAUUCAAUUCACGGACCAAAUGGGUUGCUUUCGACCAUUGGUGGCGGCGGCGGUGGUGCAGCCGCAAACCCUCCACAGAGCUCCUUGCAAUCUGCAAGUCUGUUUGGGGCCCAGAUACCAUCUCACCAAGAUAACGCCCCUCGUCCGUAUAUGCAGCAUCCUCAAGCACCUCCGUCGCAACCGAUGAUGGGGUAUAAUGGUGCGGGCCCUGCUCAGAUACCUGGAAAUGUUGCGGCUUUGGCACAGGGUCAGCAACCUAUUUUGAAUGAUGCAUUGAGUUAUCUUGAUCAGGUCAAAGUUCGCUUUGUUGAGCAACCCGAUGUUUACAAUCGGUUUCUGGAUAUUAUGAAGGACUUCAAGAGUCAAGCGUUAGGAAUCCUUGUUCAGACUAAUCCAGGAAGCACACUGACCAGUCAUAGAAUUGAUACCCCCGGCGUUAUUCAGCGGGUUUCGAAUCUCUUCACCGGACACCCGGCGUUAAUUCAAGGAUUCAACACCUUCCUACCACCAGGAUAUCGUAUUGAAUGCGGAACGGACGACAACCCCAAUGCUAUCCGCGUCACGACGCCCUCAGGCACUAAUACCCUGUCGAUGGCGGCGAGGCCCACUCGGCCAUCGCUUGACUCUGCGGAGGAGAUGGGCCAAGCUUCAGCAUCACUUGCGCCUCCAGGACGCUCUGAUUAUUAUGAUCACUCGCGGACUGGCUGGCAGCAACCACAGCAUCCACCUCAGUCGGGCAUUGCCGGCUCUUAUUCUCCCAAUAGCCGUGUAAUGAGUGGCGGUCUGUAUGGUCAGCAAGGUGGCCAGCCUCAGGCCCAAGAACAUCACUACGAGUACCAGAACCAACAGGAGCAACAAGCUUCUGCAGCUGCACUUCACCAGCAGGAACAACGUGGCGUUUCUCAGUUGCAGAGUGCUGCAGCUGUAACUGCUGCAGCUGGUAGAGCUUCGCUAUUGCAACCAUCCACUGGCACAGCAUCAGGACCUGGACCUAUGAAUAGCUUGGCUGGCAUCGGUUCUGGUGUCCUUCAAGGCUCGCAGGCAGACCUGAACAAGCGGGGUCCUGUUGAAUUCAAUCACGCCAUCAGUUAUGUUAAUAAGAUAAAAAAUCGAUUUGCAAGUGCCCCGGAAAUUUAUAAGCAAUUCCUGGAAAUUUUACAAACCUACCAGCGGGAGUCGAAGCCAAUCCAGGACGUUUAUGCCCAGGUUACCCAGCUUUUCCACACCGCUCCUGAUCUCCUAGAAGAUUUCAAGCAAUUCCUCCCUGAUUCUGCCGCUCAGGCCAAACAGCAAGCCCAGGCAGGUCGCCCAUCUGUUGACGAGGCUGCCCCAACUAGUAACCUGCGAGGGGAGCCCCCGUAUCCAGGAUCUGGUCCAGCUGGUCAAUCACAGAUACCUGGUCGCGACGUCAAGAUGCCGCCUAUGGGGCAGUUUAAUGUUAAAGACUCAAACAAAGAAACCAAGAAACGACGCGGUGGCCCAAUCAGCGGCGGCGGUCUUGGUGGCCCCGUUGCUGCAUCUGCUGCAGACGCUUCAAGAAUGGGUGACAUACAAUCAAAUCGUGCUGGCAGCGUCCAAGCUCCCGGAAUAAACAAGAGGACGAAACUGCAUCAUAACAAGCCGAUGGCAGCUGAUGGCCCAGUUGUUUCUCCCACGUUGGUCCCUGCUCUUCCAGAGCCCAUCCCACCAACGUUUUCCAUCAUGCCCAACAACGACGAGUUUGCGUUCUUCGAUCGCGUCAAGAAGUUUAUCGGCAACAAGCAGACCUUUGGCGAGUUCCUCAAGCUCUGCAACCUUUACUCUACGGACCUCAUCGAUCGAAAUGUGCUGGUCAAGAGGGCUGCAGGCUUUAUCGGGUCCAACCCAGAACUUAUGUCCUGGUUCAAGCGCUUCAUGCACAUCGAAGAUCCAGAGGAUCGUGUUAUUGAUUUGAAACCGAAGCAGGAGUCCGGUCUAGUGAACCUUGCCCACUGCAGGGCACUUGGGCCAAGCUAUCGUCUGCUGCCAAAACGUGAACGACAGAAACCGUGCAGUGGUCGUGACGAGUUGUGUCGCAGUGUCCUCAACGACGACUGGGCCUCUCACCCAACAUGGGAAUCCGAAGACUCUGGCUUUGUGGCUCAUCGCAAGAACCAGUUUGAAGAUGCCCUUCAUCGUAUCGAAGAAGAUCGCCACGAUUACGACAACCACAUCGAGGCCUGUGUGCGAACAAUCCAACUCAUCGAGCCCAUUGUGCAGCAGUUCCUUGUUAUGUCUGAAGCGGAGCGUGCUGCGUUUGUACUCCCACCUGGCCUUGGUGGACAGAGCGAGUCUAUCUAUAAGCGGGUUAUCAAGAAAGUGUAUGAUCGCCAGCGCGGAGAAAUCAUCAUUCAGCAGAUGUUUGAGCGUCCCUGCCAUGUGCUUCCAGUUUUGCUCUAUCGCCUGAAGCAAAAGUGCGAGGAAUGGAAGGCCAGCCAACGCGAAUGGGACAAAGUCUGGCGUGAGCAGAUGCAACGAUGCUUCUGGCGCAGUCUGGAUCACCAAUCCAUCACGAACAAGGGGAUGGACAAGAAGCUCUUUUCGUCCAAGAACAUCCACAACGAGAUUCAGGCAAAGUAUGAGGAAGGGAGAAACAUCCGCAAGAGCGGCUACCAGCUACCACUGCAUCAGUUCGAGUUUGAGUUUACUGAUCCUGCUGUUAUUAUCGACGCCGCUCAGUUACUCGUGACGUUCAUCGACCGCAACUCAGGUGGCUUUGGUCAGGACCCUAAUAGAGUGACUGCUUUUAUAAAUGACUUCAUACCCAUUUUCUUUGGUAUGGAUCGCGACACUUUCCAUAUUUACAUGAAUGAGGUGUCGAAUGGCACGCCUACAGAUGAGACGGAUGAUGAUGGUAUUCCGGCUGAUUCGGCCUCUACUGUUCACAACCGCCGUGUCGCCACAGCCAAGAAGUUGGAUCUUCUUCGUGAUGUUCUCGAGCGCCGUAAUGAAAAGGGUGCAGCUGGUGGCAACGUAGCGAGCCGUGAUGCAACGCCAGAUGCCAUUCUUGUGCCGUCAACUCCGAUACCGGAUCCCACAGAGCCGUUUGAUGUCGCUGAGCUGAAGUGGAUGGAGCACCCGAACCAGGGCAAUUUCAACCUUCAUCGUGAGUACAACUUGAAUCAGGCAUACGAGAAGAAGUUGCAUCAUCUUUACAGCAAUUUGAACAUUUACUGCUUCUUCCGCUCCUUUGAGAUCCUGUACAGUCGCCUGCUGAGAGUGAAGCUGCAUGAGAAGGAAGCACACGAGGAUGUGCGACGCCAACUCCUGCCAAAAGCUGCCCGGGAACUUGGAUUGACUGACAAGCUUCCCACCGAUUUCUUCUACGACACUAGUCCAAGCGCCAACCUGUAUCAACAAGUUGUCCGCAUGUGUGACGAAGUCAUCAAGGGUGAUCUCGAGGCCACGCACCUUGAAGAGACGUUGCGUCGCUUUUACUUGAAGAGCGGCUACCAGCUGUACAACCUUGAUAAGAUCUUUACUGGCAUUGCGCGAUUCGCUAGUAAUAUCUUCAACGGCGAUCCCAAGGACCGUAGCGCGGAUAUUAUCAAUCUGUUCUUCAAGGAGCGAGACCGAGAGGAGACUACGCAUAACCAGGAGAUUCAAUACCGGAAGCAAGUAGAACGCCUGGUUAAGGAUGGUGACAUUUACCGCAUUACUUUUAAUCCUACCACUCACAAGACGUAUGUGCAACUGUUGACGGCGGAAGAUAGCACGUUUGAAAACGAGGAGUUAAGCCAAGAGGCUCGCUGGUCGUACUAUGUUUCGGCUUACACCAUGCGUGAUCCGACUGAAGGCGUACCAUUCUCCCAGAUGCGGAUGCCUUUCCUCAAGCGCAACCUGCCAUCGAAGCUGGAGCAGGACGAGGAGUACAACCGCUUCUAUCGUCGCUUGGUUCACCACGACGGUCUUAUUAUCCGUAUCUGCGCAAACAGCUACCACAUUCUAUAUGAGCCUGGUAGUUACGACUGGUGGUGGCGACCGACAGCAUCCAACGAAGAAGACGCGGAAGAGAAUGUGAAGGAGUUGACCGCCGUCAAAGAGCGACGCCGUGACCGUUUCCGGGAGAAGUUUGUCAAUAACCCCAGCUGGGCUCACGGUCUCAGCAAAGACGAAGUUGAUGAAUUGAAUCAGAAGUUCCGGACAUGGGUCAAAGAACCCAAUGCUCCAGAUGUCGAGAACACCAUUACCGCUACUUCUACUAUUGGUGAUGCUGAAGCUCAAGCUAAGGCCCCUUCUGCUGAACCCGCCACAGCCCAGGACAAGGACAAGGAGGAUACCGAUAUGGUGGAUGCCGAGCCCGAAACCACUAAGACGGAAGAAGAGUAG